UGGCGUGAGGCAGUGCGUGUGCUCAGUGUUUAGGUGAAUCCACAACCCUCUGGCUCACAAGGAUAAAGGAUCCAUACACAGAAGAGGAGAGAGAGAGAGAAAAGCAGCACAGGGACUUUGUCUCCAUCUUCCUCUUUCGGCAUCCUCUCUGCUCUUUCUGCUCGCUUCAUUCUCUCGCAAGCCAACUGCGGCUAUUUUGCUCCCCCCCCCAUUCUUCUCUUUUGUUCUUUGCAUCCAUCUCCGUUUCACCUCGGUCCAGAGAGGAGGCAGGAAGAGCACGGUCAGAGGCAUCAUCCUCCCCUCCUGCACGCCGAGCCGGUUGUGGGUGCUGAUGCUGUAACCACUGUUUGGAGCUGACAAGCCCUGGUUGAUGCAGUGAAGUGUUCCAGUGGGAUAAACACAAGCGAAGGGGGCUCAUGGGAAACCUCCUGAAAGUGCUGGCUUGCGCCGAACUUGAGCAUGGCCCAAUAGUUUUCCUUGACUUUGAACAUGCCCAGCCCACGGAGGCAGAGACGGCCGUGUGGAACCAGGUCAGCGCUGUGCUGGAGGAGGCUCACGGGAUCCUGGCCGAGCUGCAGUCCUAUAACGGCGCGGGCCAGGAGAUACGAGAAGCCAUCCAGAACCCGAGCGACCUCGCUCUUCAGGAGAAGGCCUGGAACGCAGUCUGCCCCCUGGUGGCCAAGCUGAAGAGGUUCUAUGAGUUCUCCCUCCGACUGGAGAACGCCUUGCGCAGCCUGCUGGAGGCCCUGACGAGCCCGCCGUACGCUCCCAUGCAGCACCUGGAGAGAGAGCAGGCCCUGGCCAAGCAGUUUGCCGAGAUCCUUCAUUUCACUCUCAGCUUCGACGAGCUAAAGAUGACGAAUCCAGCCAUUCAGAAUGACUUCAGCUACUACAGGAGGACUAUAAGUAGGAACAGGCUGAACAACCAGCAGCUGGAAGCAGAGAACGAGGUUAACAAUGAGAUGGCAAACAGGAUGUCCCUGUUCUACGCUGAAGCAACACCAAUGCUGAAGACUCUGAGUAACGCCACCACCAAGUUUGUCUCAGAGAAUAAGACCUUGCCCAUAGAGGACACCACAGACUGCCUGAGCACCAUGGCCUGCGUGUGUCGUGUCAUGCUGGAGACUCCGGAGUACCGCUGUCGGUUCACCAACACAGACACCAUGCUGUUCUGCAUGAGGGUGAUGGUGGGUGUCAUCAUCCUGUAUGACCACGUUCACCCUGUCGGGGCUUUCGCCAAGACUUCCAAAAUUGAUAUGAAGGGCUGCAUCAAGGUGCUGAAAGAGCAACCAUCCAACAGUGUGGAGGGACUCCUGAACGCACUGAGAUACACAACACGGCAUCUACACGAUGACAGCACCUCCAAACAAAUCAGGGCCCUCCUGCAAUGAAAGAAAGAAAACAGAGAGGAGCGACGGGGCGAGGGGAGGGGGGAGAAGGAGCGCACUUGAAGGAGGAGGAAACGAACGCCGCCGGCUGAUAAACCUGUUUGUUUACAACGAACAAAGAAAAUCAUCUCAAGGUUAAGAGUGACCUGAUGACAAUAAGAAGAGGAAAAUAAUUAUAUAUAUUGUCAGCUGUCCAUCAUUCUGUCUCUCAUUUUGUAAAGUAAGAAAAAAAGCCAGAAAAGAAGAUAUAGAUAUAUAUUAAGAAAAGUGAAACAUUGAACAGCGAGUGAAGAAUAGGUAGGAUUAAAGAGGAAACUAUAUUGGAAGAUUUAAAGUCAGAACCAACUAAAAGUGUAAGAAAAAAAAAGGGUUAAUGUUCCAGAAGUAGCCUGAUGAGUAUUUUUGCACACUCUUUGAAAUCAUCUCCUUCCCCCUGAAAUCUGAUCCCCAAACUGGUUCCCACUGCUUCCCUGACAUACACGCUCACUUGAAUCAGAGUGGUUUCCUUCAGCUGCACUGGCCUCCACCCAACAGGUGAAUCAUAAAGCAAUGUGAUGGAUACACUCCGGAGAUUUGCUUCUGCCUGUUUCACUUCCUUCUGGUGCAGCUGGAGGUUAGCAGGCAGAGACAGGAUGCUUCUGUUUUUGCCCUGAUUUCUUCCUCAUUAUCCAUCCAGCCAGUCCAUCCAUCUACUGGGGUUCUUUCCCCCCCCUCGUCACCCCCACCCAACCACCUACCCAAAAAAAAAAAAAAAAAAAAAAAAAAAAAAAA